AUGUUCAUGAUACCAUUUACUAUACAAGCGUUUUCCGAGUCGUCCUCUACGCCAGUGCAUAUGCAAGCUGAGUGUUUGUGUUAUACAUGCUUUGUACCAAAUGUUGCGUACGUACGAAGAACCGAAAAGAUGCCACCCAGCGUCGUAUCUGGCACUUCUGCUGGGACCAUCAAAUCAUCCCCUAUUAGAUCCCACUCCACGCCUCGAUCAAAUGGGCCUAUAUUGGACAUGUUGUGA